UAAAACCUGAAAAGUCUCUUGUGCUUUCUCCUCCUUUGUUUCCAGUUACCAUCCUAAAAGAAUCAACUGAAGUCAAUCAAUUGGAUAGAGCAUCCUACGAGGAAAGACUUACACCAGGCCAGGACUCAAGAGAAAAAGAUGAAAAUUCUACCACUGCUGGUGUGCAUCUGCACACUGAGUGCUUGCUUCUCACUUGGUGAAGGUCGAAAAAAGCAAUGGAAACCAUAUCACAAAAAGAAGAAUGUUCAGCGAUAUGUAUUUGACCACUGGUUUCCAUUUCAUCCAAAAUUUCCACCUCACUGGAAACUAUUACUUCAAAAUCAUCACUAUUUUAAUCAACCCAUACAACAAAAGCCUAAAAAUUUAAAGAGAGGAAACUCAAUUUCAAAAUAUCCCUGCUUACGUAAGUGUCCAGUUAAAAAUAACACUGUGAUCAACAAUAAUGCCUCAGAGACUACUGUUCAAACCCUAUCUAUGAGUCCCACAUCUGCUUCCACCAAAAUUGCUCUCUUCCCAGAUGUGACUCCUCUUGUUCAGAAUGCUACCACCACAUCUGCAAGGGAAAAUUAUGUCACCACACACUCUUCUGCAGGUACACCAUCACCACAACCUUCCUCAGUUCGGCCAGAGACCACAGCUGCCCCACCCACCUCGUCCGCAGCUCCACCAGAGCCCACAGUCAUCCCACCUACAUCUUCCCCCGUUCUACCAGAGACCACAGCCGUCCCACCUACAUCUCCCCAAGCUCUGCCAGAGACCACAGCUGCCCCACCCACCUCGUCCCCAGCUUCACCAGAGACCACAGUUGUCCCAUCUACAUCUUCUCCAGUUCUGCCAGAGACCACAGCCGUCCCACCUACAUCUCCCCAAGCUCUGCCAGAGACCACAGCUGCCCCACCCACCUCGUCCCCAGCUUCACCAGAGACCACAGCCGUCCCACCUACAUCUUCCCCAGUUCUGCCAGAGACCACAGCCAUCCCACCUACAUCUCCCCAAGCUCUGCCAGAGAACACAGCUGCCCCACCCACCUCAUCCCCAGCUUCACCAGAGACCACAGCCGUCCCACCUACAUCUUCCCCAACUCCACCAGAGACUACCCCACUCACAUCUUCUCCAGCUUCACCAGAGACCACAGCCACCCCAUCUACAUCUUCAGCACCUCAACCAGAGACCACAGCUGCCCCACCUACCUCUUCCUCAGCUCCACAAGAGACCACAGCCAUCCCACCCACAUCUUCCCCAGCUCCACCAGAGACCACAGCCACUCCACCUACACCUUCCCCAAUUCCACAAGAGACCACAGCUGCCUCACCUACAUCUUCUGCAGCUCCACCAGAGACCAUCCCACCUACAUCUUCCCCAGCUCCACCAGAGACCACUGCCGCCCCAAAUAUCACAGCUCAUCCUUCCCCAACUACUCUUGCAUCUGAAACUUCCAAAAUUAUAGCUGCAGCCAUAAUCCAAUCUAUGACUCCAGCCACCAUUCAAACUACUACUGUUGAACAACCAACUUUAUCUUUUCUGCAAAAGGCAUAUAUUGAUAUGUGGCAAUAUAUUUUUAACAUAAUAGAGCAGAUUUGGAAUGUUAGACCAAAGCAAUAGCACAUCAUCAUUGUAAAGUGUUCUGUUACUAUAUAUGAUUUAAGAGUGCACGCUACCACCUUUACUUUUACCACCAAUCUCAAAAUGAAAUUAUACUAUUCCCCAAAUUUAAAGCACUAUCAACCAAUCUUUGAAUCUAACUAUUCACCUCACAUGACCUAUUAACAAGAAAAACCACUUCUAUUCCAUAAACCUCUGUGAAUCAAAGGAAGACAUGGUGGUUAUUAUAUUUUACCAUUAAUUCAAUUUACUGCUAAUUCAAUCAAUUCACAUUAAUUCAGUAUGAAAUGUAUUCAACAGUGGAAUAUUUUCUAAAAAUUGUAGCUAUAUUUUUUAAUAUGUUCUAAAGAAAACCAUAUCAAACUACUACCCUAAUGUCAAGUUUGCAAAACUGCCUCUGAAAAUAAACCUUCUAGUUGGUAGAAGAAUAAAAACUUUCUAUUUGUUAUAUAGAGAUAAUGUUAAUUUGGGGUGUGGAGGUAUUUUUAUUUUUAGUCACUACUACUAAGAAUUCUGAUGAUUGUAUUUAGAUUUUUAGCCAAUUAAUAAAGACUUCACAUGGCAAUCUA